UACGUAGUACUGUAUAUCUGUAUCUCACCUUAGCCGAAACGCAUAAACUUGAGGGUAAGAGCGUGAUGAAUUGCGCUAAAUAUUUUUUCAAUUUCAAAAAUGUGAUUAAGCUCGAUGAUUUAGUGAAACCUGUAUUGUCCUCGCGCCACGAUUUCUUUGUAUAAUAUACGGAGUAACAGGUAUGUUCUCUCAUUUGAUUAAUUUAGUUUAUUAAUGCUUGAUGUAGUCUUUCAUUGUCGAUGCAUUUGUUUCUAGUUAAUCAAAUGAAUCUACUGAUUUAAGACGAGACAGUUGAAUUGGUUGAACAAAGAAAGGAAGAAGCAAAAAAAAAUUUCAAACUUGCAUAUUUCGAAUACUACACAAUUUAGGCUGCAAAUUUAACACGACAAUGUUUUCAAAGCAUUAAUAACAAUAUUUUUCAAUGUAACAACUCCAAAACAUAAAAGUUAUAUGUUGGAAUUUAAAACCAUUUUUAUUCCUUUUUGGGACAAAAACAUAAGAACCACUUUAUUUUUAAUCAUUUAUGCCACAAUCUGUUUCGAUAAGUAGUGUGUUUGUAAUUUGUUACUCCCUCCGUCCCAGGGAGAAGUUCCCGGGUUGACUUUCACACAUAUUUAGGAAAUAAAGUUACUGAGGGGUAAAUUUUACUGUUAGGCACUGUUUCGACACUGUUUGGCACUGUUUCGACACUGUUUGGCACUGUUUUGCACUGUUUGACACUGUUUUGAUGUAGGAUAACUUUUCAUUUAGGGAAAUGGGAACUUUUUGUUGGGACUACCAAAAAAGUAAAGUGGGAACUUCUCCCUGGGACGGAGGGAGUAUUAUAAAAUAGAGGUAAGAGUCAGAUUGGUACUCGAAGUUGCAUAAAAAGAGUCAAAUAAGUCCUUACUAUCCGGCCGUCGCCAUUUGAGGCGGUUCCCGGUGGAACUUUUUGAUGAUUUUUUUAGCAUCUUAUUCAUUAAGUCUAGUUUACUCAUACCAAAUUUCAGCUAAAACUUUAAUCGGGAAGGCAUUCAAAUGAAUUCUUGAAGAUAAAUACGCUUUUAACUGCGCAGUUAUCUUCAAAAAUUCAUUUGAAUGCCUUCCCAAUUGAAUUUUUAGCUGACAUUUGGCAUGAGUGAACUAGACGUGAUGAAUAAGAUGUUCAAAAAAUUUCAUCAAAAAAUUCCACCUCCACCUGGAACCGCCCCAAAUGAUGACGUUCAGACAGAGCCUCAUAUAUAAGGACUGAUUUGACCCUUUUUAUGCAACUUCGAGUACCAAUCUGACUCUUACCUCUUAUAAAAUAGAUGAGUACUUAGUCUUCCCCAUAAAAUAACUAAAUAAGUACUACGUAUUAUUUAUCCCUAAAAAUAAAAGAAUAAAUAUUACUCCCUCCGUUCUCUAAUAGAUGAGAGUAUAGGCUUUGGCACAAGAUUUAAGAUGUAAUUAAUAGGGGUAAGAUAAAAGGUGUACUGAGUUGUGUGUAAAGGAAAAAGUAGGAAAGAGAAUGAAAAAAGUAGGAAAGAGAAUGUGGAUAAAUGAGCAUAUUUAUUGAAAAAACUUACCAAAAGUGGAAAGGGUGACAACUAAUAGAGAACAUCCUAAAAUGGAAAGAGGGCCGGGUAUUAGAGAACAGAGGGAGUAUGUGUUACGGAGUGUUAGAUUAAAGGAUUAAAUAAAUUACAAAAUGAAGAAAACUUGAUCUUAAGACUUCUUCAAGACGGAUCAAGUACUUGUCUAGUUCUCCCCAUAGCUCAUCCAGUGGCGAAGCAAGGUGCAAUAACAUUAUCAGCAAUGUACUCAAACCACUCUCUUAGUUGAGUCAUAAACCCAGAAAUUUGACUUACUUUUGUUACAUAUCCAAACCCUCCUCCGUGAAUCUUUGUUGGGACAAUAUCGAGCUUUGAUAUUAGAAAGAGACAGGAACAAGAUUACCAAACAAAUAAUAUUGGUUGAGUCAAGGAUUGCACUUUCUUUAAGACGUUUCGGAAGUCGCUCAGAAUUGUGCUGCAACGUUUAGGCCCGACGCCCCCAGGAUAAAACAACCGCUGAGAAAUUGGAAAGACAAUACGCCUGCACUGGUGUUGUAUUGCUCUAAUCUAUAAGCACCCUUAACAAUACUGCUCAAUUUUCUUUUGAAUAUAUCCUAGAACAAAACAGAGAGAAUACCUUCUGAAAACCACACCUCUUGAAGGAUAGUCUCCCUUGAAUUUAUAGAGAAAAGCCAGAGAGCUGGGGUGAAGGAGUGGGGAGAGAGAUUAGGCAACGUAAAUAAAAUCUGUAACCGAAGGACCGAGAAUCAAAUUUGAAAGUCUAGAUUUGUAACUGAAGAUGAAAUUUAUAGCUACUAAUAUGAAUGAACUGUAUAAUAAAUUGCAACAAAUUUUCUCAAAACAAUAACGAUCUUAUUUUCAAUUUGCUCAACCCUUUGAUAUAGAGUAUCUUUAGUUUAAAGCAUUCACCAAGAGCUAAAAUCCCAACAAUCUUGUGGGACACUAUUGCGAGAACCCCUAUUAGCAUACCACAAUUCCUUGUUUGAAUAUCUCCAAACAUGCAUACCGACAUUACACUUCUGUAGCUCAUACAAGAUUUUGCAGUCUUUUGUCAUUGCCUUUCAACUCUUUGAAAAGCUAACAAAAAUACUCCUAUAGUAUUUUGAGUUCUUGUCUGCAACUUUUGGGCGGAAGGAGCCAGACGUGAAGUGGACGGUGAUGCGCGAAGGUCGGAGACGUGAAAUGGACAAUUAAGAUGAAGGGUGUCAAUGAGUGGGAAAAUGAAGUCAAAAUGCAUAAGAUGCAUAUUCAUAAUGCUUACUACAUUACUCUCUUUUUGAGCUUGUUUUCCUCUAACUUAUUUCAUCAAAUUUACUUCUUUUAUUUUUAUUCUAAUUUGGUCAUAGGACAUAAGUGCAUGUUGUAUGGUGAGUUUGUUCUCAUAUGCGGCUAUUUUAGGUUGUCACUCCAUGAAUAUUUUUUACUCAGAGCCAUUGCACAACAAAUGGUUUUAGUGAGAGUUCAUGUCAGUGAAGAAUUUAAUGCUUAUAAAGGAGUAAAUAUUAUACUUUGUACAUAAUUUGGGUCCUACAAUACACCAUCAGAUUAUCGCUGCAAAAUAUUGUUAGGAUGGAAGUAUUUAAAGUUUUAGAUGGAACUGCAAUGGUUCCGAUUCUUAGUGAGGAGGUUAUGACGGUUGGACAGGCCCCCAAUCAAUUCAUUCAAUGGCCACAAAGAUUGAUGAAUCCCCAAAAUGAGGAGGAAAUGACAUAUCGGAAGGGCCAUGCAAGCACAUCAAAUGAUCAAAAAUAAAAAGAAUUCCAAAGCGAAAUGGGUCCAGCCAACGUGUCGAAAGGGGAGGUUAUGAAUGUGGAUAUUAUGUUAUGAAACAUAUGGCUACUAUUGUUUGUGCUAGUAUUAUCAAUUCAUGGUUGAAGGUGCUCAUCAACGUCCAAGCAUCAUUCACAGAAGAAGAAAUCAACGAGACACGAGAGCAAUGGGCAUCAUUUUUAUGUGAAUUUAUGAGCAUUUGAGCAAUGAGCAUCUCUUUGUUGGUUGAUUUCAUCUUUGUAAGGUUGUUUUUACUUGAACUGUAAUUUGCUGAUUUGGUUUGGUUUCUUUGUAUUUUUAUAACUAUCCAAAUUUGGUCUGGUCUAAUCUGGUUUGGGAUAGAUUAUAGUCCAAGUAAAACAUCCUAAACCCCAAUAUAAUUUAUGUAGUUUUGGAAACAUUUGAUUUCGAC